CGCACUGCCAAUUUUGAAUCCCUAUCGUGCCUCGAUCGCCUCGCUUCAUCACCCUUCAACAACGCACACCUCUUUCGUCCAUCCCCAUCAACAUCCAACAUGGGUAAGGUUCACGGCUCUCUCGCCCGUGCCGGUAAGGUCAAGGCUGCCACUCCCAAGGCAAGUACCCCCGUCGAGCCCCAGGAGAAGAAGAAGCAGCCCAAGGGCCGCGCCUACAAGCGUAUCCUUUACACCCGCCGCUUCGUGAACGUCACCAUGACCGGUGGCAAGCGCAAGAUGAACCCCAACCCCGGCACGUAAAUUGCCCAACGUCGCUAAAGAAAACCCCCGAGUCGUGGAGGAACGUCGAGGUUUUACGCUCUUGAAAGACAUGAUCGCAAAGCACGACCCCGCCAUGGCCCCAUCGAACGAAGACUUACCGGCCGCGGCCGGCUACUUGUACGGAUGAUAUCAUGCUUCGUUUUCAUUUGAAUUUUCGGCAACGGAUCGGUUUUUGAGGGGUGGAAAAUAUGAGGAAAUGGAUAC